AGCAAACGAGAUCUCGCAACUGAGAGGCAUACCUGGUGAAGCUUCGAAUAUGAGGAACGAAGUUUGAACCGAGUUACCGAGACAGUGUUCAUUAGGCGGCCCUGACCUGUCCUACUGUCCUGUACCUCGCCUCCACUACUGCCAUAUUCUGCACCUCCCAGCGGCCUGACGGGUGGCAACUCUGCAGGAACAGGUGUGUGCUGGGUGAAAAGACAUUACGGCGCCAUAUCAUACUCGUGACGGCAGUGUGAACAACGAUCAUGUCUAGGAAGUCGUACAGUCCUUCAGCGCCUCCCCCAUACAGCGUCGUUGACCCUUACCUGCCAUACACCAACCACAGAGCCUCCACGCCUCCUCACAGCGGGAACACAGCCUCUGCCGAAGUACCUAACCCAGGAGAAAAUAAAACGAGUACAUCAGACACAGCCUACACCCACGGCCGCUAUUCCUCCCUCGGUAGUAACACAAGCCCCCUCCCCCCUAAAACCUCCGGCCCAGUACCCUCGCCCACUGAGAAUACAACUUCCGUCACCUAUACACCUCAUCCCCAAGCUCCAGCCUCGGCAUUCCAUCCCUAUACGCCCUCUCCAGCCUCAACAUACCAACAUUAUACAACGCCAGCCUCGGCCCUCCUAUCCUACUCCUAUCCACACACUGCAGCCGCCCAAUACGCAGCUCCCUACCCUUAUGGAUAUACAGCUCCUUCAGCUUACUCCCCUUACACCACAGCUCCUACAGUCAUUGUGGCGCUGCCGAAUCAGACCCCGCCAGCAGCCUACGCCCCAUAUCAAGUCCCGGGUGUGAUGAUGCAAGGGGAGGGUACCGUGGCCGCGCCUGAUCAGUCGUUUAAUGAUGAGAGUGCGACAAGCUCAUGUAAAGUGCAUGGGAGUGACUACGUGCCCCACCAGCAUCCUCUCCAUGGCCACCAUCCUCUCCUCGGCUACCACUACCACCACCAGCUCGGUCAACACCACCACCACAAUCCAGGGAACCAGUAGUAAGCGUGGUAUGGUGCUGGCGUCAUCACAACUACCCCAUGCGGCCAUAUGUGCAGUCUUGUUUUGGUUUUAAUUAGUGCUACUUUUCAUCGAAGGGGAAAGUGAAGAAUGGGAUUUUGUAAACGCUUAAUUACCUGUUAACUUUUAAUGACUGAACCUAAUGACGUAAUGAUUGUGAAUACUUCUGUUUGAAUAUUCCGGAGAGUUUUAGAUGCCGAUCAGGUUUUAUAUGAUGUUGAAAGCUUUGCAUAGAACCAAAUAAAGUUUAUGAAUAUGU